AUGGAUUAUAAUUCAACUAUAGAACAAAUGGAUUAUAAUUUAAAUAUACAUAAUAAUUCAGUACCAACAAGAAUGUAUGUUAAUAAUAACAGCCCUUCAUGCAAAGAAUUAUUAAUGGAUCUUCCACAAGAAGUUUCACUUCAGAUCCUAUCCUAUUUGGACGCAAUCUCUUUAUGUAAGGCAGCUCAGGUAUCGAAAAAAUGGCAAGAGUUGGCAGAUGAUAAUGCUGUAUGGAAAAGAAUAUGUAUGCAGCAUAUUGAUAAAAAAUGUAACAAGUGUGGUUGGGGUCUUCCUUUACUGGAAAAUCAACAUGAAUCAAAUAAUGAACGCGAAUACGACAACAAUAACAGGACGAUAAUAUGGAAGCAAAUAUACUCUAGGCGCCUUGUCAUCGAACGUAAUUGGAGAAAAGGUCGUUAUAGUGUUAAAGUAUUAGAAGGUCAUAGUGACGGUAUAACAUGUCUUCAAUUAAAAAAAGACAUUUUAAUAACCGGAUCAUACGACGCCACAGUCCGAAUAUGGAGUAUUGAAACCGGCGAGACAUUGAGCGUGCUAAGUGGACAUACGAGUUCUGUAAAGGCUUUGCAAUUUGAUGAUUCGAUGCUAGCCACAGCUUCACUCGACUGUACCAUAAAACUAUGGAACUACAAGAAGGGCACUUGUAUUAGAACACUGCGUGGCCACACUGACAGUGUAAUUUCUUUGCAUUUUAUUAAAGGUGUUUUGGCAAGCGGGUCUGCUGAUAAAACUAUAAAAGUAUGGAAUUCCUCCUCGGGUCAACACUACACUUUAAUUGGUCAUACAGAUUGUGUGAACCGUGUCAUCAUAUAUAAAGAGACCCAAAUUCUAUCAUCAUCUGAUGAUGGAUCAUUAGAUAACACUUUAAAGGUAUGGUGUGCACAGUCCGGUAAAUGCUGUAGUACUCUAUUCGGUCAUGUUGAAGGAAUAUGGGCCCUAGCUUUAAAUAGUUUGCGAAUGGUGACUGGAUCCCAAGAUAAAACUGUCAAGAUCUGGGAUAAAAACACGGGAGUUUGUUUACACACUUUAAAAGGUCAUGAAGACUCUGUGACAUGUAUAGCGUUAAGCGACACAAAAGUUGUGACUGGUAGUGAUGACAAGACAAUUAGAAUUUGGGAUUUCAAUGUUUAG